CUUGCUAUUAGAGUAAUUCAAUGAAAGCUUUACCAUCCUUAAACCGGAAGUUGUGUCUGUUCGUCGAACCCAUGAAAACAAGUUUUAAAAUCUUUUCUAUGGUUUUAGCUCGAUAAUGGCAGAGAUGGAGCAAGAGAAUGCUUUAGAUGACUCACAACUUGUGAAUAAACCAAUGUGGUUUGAAUUUGUUCUAAAUGAAGAACUAUUAGAACAACAUCUUGCUCAAAACCCACCAGACCCAAGUGCUACAGCGUUGAUACAACAGUUUCUCAAUCAGGCUGAAAUCUCACAGAAACUUGCAAAGGAUGAUAAAGAGGGCGCUGCAAAGCAACAAGGACAAGACAACAAUACAGUGGAAAAUGAGGAUGGCGGAGAUGUUGAGAAGCGUCUACGCAGAAUACACACUCUAAAGCUGCUAGCCAUGAAGUCUGCUGCAUAUCUUAAAUGGGACCUCUCCAUACUACAAGACAAGCUCCCUUUGAUGGUUGUCCAGGCUGUACUUCUAGAACUGUUAUGUUGUACUCUGAAUGAUGAUUGGGAAGUGACCAAGCAUACCACACUUGAUUACACAUCAAUACCAGAUGAGGCCUGGUUCGCCUUACAGCUCUAUCAUAGAUGUUGUGUGCAGUGCGUGAUCCAAGAGAGUUUUCCCCACAGACAGACACAGUCAGCCAAUAUUGUGUUGCCAGGACAACCAGCUGUGUUACCAGGGCAACCAGAUCCAGCUACCCAACUUCAGGAAGCCAACUCUCAUGUUCUUAUACAGAUAAAAGAACAGUUAAGCAUAUCAGGUCAAGUACUGAAUAUGUGCCUUCACAAUUGUCGUCAUUUACGCGUUCCGACUCUACAGUGCUUCGGAGCCAUGUCAGACAGUGGCUCCCUCUUUCAGUGGGAGAAGGGUGAUGUUCUUUCCAAAGACCAGGUUCAGUGUCAGCUUCUUUAUGAUCUUGGCUGCCUGAGAUUCUAUGAACAGAAUUACACAGAAGCACAUGAACUCUUUACUGAAACUAAGACAUUACUUGACAAGAUAUCUGAGUGCCCAUCGAGCACUGGCUGGGAAGGCCAGAUAGAAAGGUCGAGACUGGAGGGCUAUUGUACUGCAUGCCAUGCCCUAAACAAUAUGCAAGCACCAGAAGUGAAAGCCAAGAGUUCAAUACUGGAGCAAAUACAACAAUGCAAACGACUUAGAACUAAUGAUGCCCUUGUUGAUUUACUCCUGAAGGACAAUGAAACUAGAGAACUGUCCAGAUCCUACAGACAGACAUUGCAAGAUGAUCUCAUAUAUGACAGGGAUGUGUAUAUAUCACUAUAUACAUGUAACACUGUACACAGACUAUUGGAUGCAGAACCUCAAGUCUGCACACACUAUAUGGCAAUGAUACAUGACUUCACCAGCCAACAACUCGCAUUCCUGUUCAAAGCUCUUGACAGGGCAGGUAGAAUGGCCACUAAAGAUCAGAAGCAUCACAUCAGAAACUUCCUCAGGAGUGUGUUAUCAAGACUAAGUGUACAGACAUCUGAGAUACUUCCAUUGUUGACCCAGAACAACCUUAUGCAAUACAUAGAGAACAGUGACAGCUUACAGAUAUUACUUGCUGCAGAGAGCAGACCUUGUUUCAAGCCUGACACUUCAUUGAACCAUUGGGAAACGCAUAGUAAUGAACCAGGAGUUCUAGAGAAGGCUCUUCUACUGUCCUACGAUCCUGCUGAAAUUAAAGCUAUUCUACAACAGUUGCACCCAAAGUUGGGCUGGGCUGUUAAAGGUCUAAAUGAAAAGUGGAAGUUACAUCGUGAGCUCCAGGCCAUUUUUGACAGUUUCCCUCAGGGCCUUAACCAAAGUUGGUGCUUUAUAGUGGUUGCUAAGGCCAGACAGGCCUUACAAAUGAAGCUAUACAGCAAAGCCAAAGAGUUACUACUGACAGCUGAAAAGACAAUUAAAGAGUUCUCCUACAAGCUUGUUAAACUGAUUCGCUGGGAGGUGCUACUAGCUGACCUUCUGUAUUAUCAGAGACAUGGCACUGUUAUGGAGGGGGUUGCUAAACCAGAACUACUGAAGAAAGCCAAGGCAUGUGUAACAGCAUACAGAUUAGAAUCAGAUAUCAAACCAGGCCUGGAGACAAUGACAUACUCGCUGGCUUUCCUACUGUGUGUGGAGGAAUGGGAAUACAUCUGCCACGCUACCAACACCACCAACGAAUACAUACAGUUUGCCAGGGCUGUAGCAGAGACAUGCAAGGAACUACCAGACAUACAGAAUGCUCGCAAACCAAGUAGAAAUCUAUGGGACACAGUGGUUCAACUAUACAGUGGUACAGGGGGACAGAAAAGUAUGGAACAACUAUCCCAGCAUUCCUUCCUCACAUUUGCCCUCAAAAUACAAGGCUCAUUAUGCUUGAGAGUUCUGCUGUCUUGUGUGACUAAACUCUACAGCAUUGUGAAAGAUACAACAUGUGAAAUAUCCUGUGAAUAUAUCAGUCUCUGGCCCACUGCACUACCAACUUCAGGUGGCAUCAACCAAUCAGCUCUUGGGGAUGGUGUUUGGAGAUUGAUGGAUCAUUCUAUCGAGACCUCACCCAACAAUGCUCAACUGUUACGUACAAAGGCUGAUAUUCACUAUGCCUGUCAACAGUAUAUGGCCGCAGUACAGAGCUACUUAGAGGCCGGGGCAGUGAGUAGCCAUUACUUUAGUCAACCUGUGCCUCUUAAUAUAUACAAUGAUGCCCUAUACCGUAGACUGAUCAAGUGCUGCUCGAAUCUCAACAAUCAUACACAGGUAAUAGUGCUAUGCCAGCUGCUAGAUGAUGUGGAUUACUCACUUGCAUUCAAGUCAGCACAAGAGAAAGGGACUUGUGAUGCCAUGGAUACCUAUUAUGAUUUCAUAUGGGAUAUCACCAUCCUGGAGUACUUAGCCAAUCUUCAUCAUAACAGAGGGGAGGAAGAUAAACAACAGAUUGCGCUAAAGGCAAUUAGUUGCUAUGAAUUGAACAGUAGCAAUACAGAGGAGAUCCUACAUCAAGCUGUUGAGAAACGGAAGUUGAAAUUUUUACGGACACUUGCCAAUCAAUAUUGUAGAGACAAUUCAUCAUAGUACUAUACUGAAUAGAAAGGAUGAGUGGUCUUUUGAUAACAUCAUUGAACUAUAAACUGCAUUUGUCAGUUUUGUAAAAUAAAGUGUACAGUUUUAGCAAUGUUUGGAAAUAUGCAGGUAUGUUAGACAUACUUGUCAAUAUCUCAGAAGUAGAAAUCAUGAAAUAUAAAUUUAAAAGAUAUAAAGAUAUUUGUCUAUUCUGUGAAUGAUUAUUCCUACCUCCAUUAAAUUUAUACAUGGACACAGGGGCUGUACCAAUUAUGUAUGACAGUUGAAUGUACGGGUAAGAUACAACAGG